AUGAUAUUGUCUCUUUUGCUAAUAACUGUCACUCUACCAUUUUCUCUUUGCCUCAUCAUUAAGGUUGUUCAAGAAUAUGAAAGAGCAGUUAUCUUCCGAUUAGGAAGAUUGCUUUCAGGUGGUGCCAAAGGGCCAGGUCUGUUCUGUAUUGUACCAUGUAUUGACUCAUAUAGCAAGGUUGACAUGAGAACAGUUUCUUUUGAUGUGCCUCCACAGGAGGUACUGACCAAAGACUCUGUUACAGUGGCUGUAGAUGCUGUUGUCUACUUCCGUGUCCAGAAUGCCACCAUGUCCAUUGCUAAUGUAGAAGAUUCCAAUCGAUCAACUAAACUCCUUGCACAAACCACUUUACGCAAUGUCCUGGGAACUAAAAACUUGAGUGAAAUUCUUUCUGAGAGAGAAUCCAUCAGCCACUUGAUGCAGUCCUCUUUGGAUGAAGCAACAGACCCAUGGGGUGUGAAAGUUGAAAGAGUUGAAGUAAAAGAUGUUCGUUUGCCUGUUCAGUUGCAAAGAGCCAUGGCUGCUGAAGCUGAAGCCACUCGUGAGGCUCGGGCUAAGGUUAUUGCUGCUGAGGGAGAACAGCGAGCAUCACGUGCUCUGAAAGAAGCAGCUGAUGUCAUGUGUGAAUCUCAUGUUGCUUUGCAGCUUAGAUAUUUGCAGACACUAAGUACAAUCUCAGCUGAGAAAAAUUCUACUAUUAUUUUCCCUCUGCCAAUUGACCUUUUGCAAAACUUUGUGUCCAGGCCUUCACCUGAUAAAAUCCAUCUAUAA